AGAGAGGGGGAGAUUGAUCGUUCGUCCUGGGCCUCUCACAUCCCAUCGGAGAAGCACUUCAUUUCUCAACAGCCACGAUUCCGUUUGGAUUACAGGUUACUCAUAGGGGACGACGAGCCAGCAGGCAGCAUCAGCAUUAGAAGUCACAUCUCCAAAUAUCCCAUCCCCGGCCGCGUCGCGCUUCAGCCGCGGUGGUGACACGCGGUGCAACAACGCGGACGUGCGCACACAUUCCGGGCAGGUCUCCAACGAGCGCCGGUUGCAGGGUCUUGGGAUGCGUGCAGCGGCGUAGCAGGGGAGUGACAUAUGUCUGCAGCUCACACACAUCAGACCCGACACAUUGACACACCAGUUGAAGCUGAGCAGAGGCAGUUUGGGCUUGUCAUGGGGCUGAGCGGAAGGAGAGAGUGACAGAGGAACAGUGAUGCUACUGUUUACAUAAGACAUUCACACUCACAUACACACGCGCGCACACACACACACUCAAAUGAACACACACUGGAAUCGCCAGUACAGGACACACAAACAUUUAAACACACAUACAGACGCAAAGGGAAUGACGCCAAGUGACUCACCACACACUCAGAGGCACUGAAUGACACACACACAAACACACACACAUACAUAGGAGGGAAAAGUUAUUUGCAAGGGUCGGGGUGUGUGUGCGAUGUGUUUAUGGGCCAAGCUGCAUGAGAGUUCCGGAUACCACUGAAGGCUCGUAAAGCAGCAUAAAACGGAUAUUGCCCAAUCUCCCGUCGCCAUGCCCGAGCCGAAGAGGAGAAGACAAUCUCCUCGGCAUGUCUCCUCUCUCCUCGGGCUUGUCUCCUCACUGCCCGCCAUCUGCCUCCUCCACCUCACCCUGUGUGCCGCCUACUCGUGGGCCCAGCAGACGGUGCCCGUCGUGUCAACGGCGCAGGGGCGCAUCCGAGGCAUCCUGACCCCGCUGCCAUCCGACCUCCUGGGCCCUGUCAUCCAGUACCUGGGGGUGCCCUACGCCAGACCCCCCACCGGCGACCGGCGCUUCCAGGCGCCCGAGCCGCCCUUACUCUGGCCCGGAAUCCGGAACGUGACCCAGUUUGCGCCCGUGUGCCCCCAAUCGCUGGACGAGAGGAGCAUGCUGGGAGAUAUGAUGCCCUCGUGGCUCACGGCCAACCUGGACAUAGCGGCCACCUACCUGACCCACCAGAGUGAGGAUUGUCUCUACCUCAACAUCUACGUGCCCACAGAGGAAGACAUCCACGAGGAGGGCGGACAGAGGCCCGUGAUGGUCUACGUCCACGGCGGGUCGUACACAGAAGGCACGGGCAACAUGAUGGACGGCAGCGUGCUGGCGAGCUACGGCAACGUCAUUGUCAUCACGCUCAACUACCGCUUGGGCGUGCUCGGAUUUCUGAGUACAGGGGACCAAGCGGCCAAGGGGAACUACGGCCUGCUGGACCAGAUCCAAGCUCUGCGGUGGGUCAAGGAGAACAUAGCGGCUUUCGGAGGAGACCCAAACAGGGUGACUGUGUUCGGGUCCGGAGCUGGAGCUUCUUGCGUCAGUCUCCUGACUUUGUCUCACUACUCCGAGGAUUUGUUCCACAGGGCCAUCAUCCAGAGCGGCAGCGCUUUAGCCAGCUGGGCCGUCAACUACCAGCCCAGCAAGUACGCCCGACAGCUGGGGGAGCGGGUGGGCUGCGGCAUCGACGACAGCACCCAACUAGUGGCCUGCCUCCAGGGCCGCAGCUACCGAGAGCUGGUGGAGCAGCACGUCACGCCGGCCAAGUACCACACUGCUUUCGCCCCGGUGAUCGACGGUGACGUGAUACCGGACGACCCGCAGAUCCUGAUGGAGCAGGGGGAAUUCCUCAACUACGACGUGAUGCUGGGGGUGAAUCAGGGCGAGGGGGUGAAGUUCGUGGAAGGCAUCGUGGACUCAGAGGACGGCGUCACGGCUGAGGACUUUGACUUCGCCGUGUCGGACUUUGUGGAUAGUCUGUACGGAUACCCGGAGGGGCGCGACACGCUCAGAGAGAGUAUAAGGUUCAUGUACACGGACUGGGCCGACAGGGACAACGCGGAGACCCGACGGAAGACUCUGGUGGCGCUCUUCACGGACCACCAGUGGGUGGCUCCGGCCAUCGCCACGGCGGAUCUCCACGCUCAGUACGGCUCACCCACCUACUUUUACUCUUUUUACCACCACUGCCAGAGUGAAGCCACGCCGCCCUGGGCAGAUUCCGCACACGGCGAUGAGGUGCCGUACGUGUUUGGCGUGCCCAUGGUGGGUCCAACCGAUCUAUUCAACUGUAACUUCUCCAAGAAUGACGUGAUGCUUAGCGCCGUGGUGAUGACCUACUGGACCAACUUUGCCAAGACGGGGGACCCCAACCACCCCGUUCCUCAAGACACCAAGUUCAUCCACACGAAACCGAACCGUUUUGAGGAGGUGGCUUGGUCCAAGUACACCCCGAAAGAGCAGCUCUACCUCCACAUUGGUCUGAAGCCCCGUGUCAGAGACCACUAUCGAGCAACUAAGAUCUCUUUCUGGCUCCAACUGGUUCCUCACCUUCAUCACGUCAACGAGCUCCUCCAGUCGGUGUCCUCGUUUACGCACAGCCCUUCCCCGCAAGACGACACCCCUUAUUCAUACACCAAGCGCCUCUCCAAAGGAUGGCCUCCGAGUAGCACCCGUCACCCGGGGUCUCAAGGAGGUACGCAACAGCCUCCGGAAUCCGCUCUGGGACAGGGCGGAGGUGAAAACGGAGUCCACGUCGCCAACGAGGACUAUUCGACGGAACUCUCCGUAACUAUCGCGGUGGGAGCGUCGCUGUUGUUUCUUAACAUCUUGGCGUUCGCCGCUCUACUCUACAAGAAAGACAAGCGACGCCUGGAGCAUCGCCGACCACGUCCGCUCCCUCCCCCACGACGAGAUAUCACGGCCGCGGAUGUCGCCGCUCACCUUCAGGGUGAAGGACUCAUGUCAUUACAGGUAAAGCAGCUGGAGUCGGACGCGGCGUCGGCGGACGAGCGGAACAACACGCACCACCAUCACACCCUGGACACGCUGGACGCUCUGGACGGCUUGGACACGCAGGACAUUUACAGCACCCUGGACACGGUGCGCCUCACCUGUCCGCCCGACUACACCCUCACCCUUCGCCGCUCACCCGACGACGUCCCCCUCAUGACCUCGCUCACCCCGGGCUCGCUCCCCGUGACGCCGGGCUCGCACCCCGUUACCCCCGCCACCCCCAUGACCCCCAUGACGCCCGGGUCGGUGGUGGGAAUGAGGAUGGGCCAUCCCCACCAGGGCUACACGCACCACAGCCCGUAUAGUAAUACGCACUUGCCGCAUACUCACAUCUCCACGCACACGCACUCCACCACGCGUGUAUAACCGCAGCAAGAAUCUUGCCCCAAGCGGGACAUAAUUACAACACACAUGCUUAUAUACAAACACACAUCACACACACAUACACACAAAACGAUAGGACGCAAAUACCUCUACUAAUGACCCUGCAGGAUUGUUCCAGAUGGAGAGACAUAGCAGUAGGAGGAGACAACAGCUGUGUGAGAGCUGAUGAAGGAGUAGAGAUGCACGGCAGCUUUGGAAACGUUCGUUCUAUCAGGAACGGUCAGCGGUGGACUAACUUUUAGGUCGUGCAGCUUAGGGAGCGAUCGAGCAAACAAAAACUUUGGAUAUGACUCCGCCUCCUGGUUCUGCGACUUGUAUCUUUCUCUCUGACUGGGAGCGACUUAAGUUGUAAAAACGAGCGAGAGACCGCGAGACGUCCAAAGGAUGUCCAACUGAACAACCUGUAAAAUGUGAAUGUAGCACUCUUUUUCUGUUUUUCAACAAAAAGAGAUCUGCCGCGGAACAAGGUGAGCUGAAGAGAACAUCAGCAGGAGAGCAGGAGGGGAAUCUAUAUUUAAAAGAAAACAACCUUAGCUGAAGGCAAUGUGAGAUUUCGACUUUACCGAGAGGGGUAUAUCGUACCGGCCCUCCAAGAUGCUCCACUCGAGCGAGCGUCAAUCUUACCAGCUAUUUGUUCAACUACUGUAAAUAGAAUGGAGAGAUGAUCUAUUAUGAUUUAUAGCAUUUACUUGAUCUUGCAUUGACUUAUUUAACCACAUUAUUGCUUUCAUUUCCGAUAUUACUCUAUUAUUGUAUAGAUGUCCCGAAGCAAGGCUGGUUAUAUGUCUCGCUCGCUCACCUACUUUAGUAUUUAAAAGGCUUCAUUUGCUCUCCGAUAUCAUUUCGAGGUUCAUUGUAAUCGUCUCGGUAUAUUUGUUUUGUCGUCGACAUUACGGGACACCGUCCCGUCGACCACCGGGUGACGAGAUGGUAUUGUGUAGAUAAUGCAACAUUGCUAAGAUGACUGAGCACCAGCCAACCAUUAACGCCGCUUGCCCUCCUUCCCCUUCGUUCGCCCCGAAAUUCCCAAAAUGUUCAAUGCAGUUAUUUUCAAGGCUGGUUGUUUGGAUUCAGAGGUGUUGUGGAAAAAAAGACGAGCAAUCCAAGAUUCUACCUCCACUGCUCACACCAAUAAUAAAUGAUCAAAAAUAUCCCUUAGAAGAAUAAUUACUAAAAUAAAAUAUGAGGGUUGUUGUGAGACAUUUUUUUCUUAAAUUCAUAUUUUCUUAGUAAACACUUCGACACGAUUGUAGUUUGUUCAAUUAACUUGUGUGUUUAUCCAACAUUAUAAAAAAUAUUUGCAUUAAAUUUAAAAUAUGAUCUUAUCAUUCUGAUAAGAAAAAAAAGGAAAAUAACUAAAGCCAUUCAUCCAUUUGACACACUAGUCCCCCUCAUAAUUAUUAUUGAUAAUUGUUAUGUGGCCGUAUAUAGGGCAAGGAACUGUAACCGUACAAUUUCCAGCAAAUCUGAAAAUUAGAUGAUGGUUAUGCUGAACUAUAAUUAAAUUUAAUGACAGAAAUGUAUCUUAUACUGGUAUAUCAUCAUUUUUAAUAUGAUAGUAAUAAAAACGUUUUCUAAUGUCCUCAAUAAUUUCCUGGGAUUUGAAUUUUAAACUUCCAAAUGUUUCAACAAGUGCUCUAUAAAGGCUCCAAUUCAUUUCACGUUCAUCUUGGAAAAAGGAAAUCUGUCGUUAAAGUCAACGUAAUCUCAUGUCGUAAAAUGCAUUCAUAACAUUUAAAACACCCUUGCAAGGGAUGUUUCUGAAUGACAUUGUUGUUCUUUUAGUCAGGCCUCAUCUUCUUGCUCUAAUUUGGACAGAUUUUGGAUCUUAUCCAGCUGGAUUCACACAGAAUGCUUAAGGGCUCUUUUGUCACUUUGCGUCACCGCGUCACGUUUCAAAUAAAUAAAUAUCAGUCCAUUCAUAUCAAGCAGUCACAUUGCUAAAAUGACGCUGCUCUCAUAGCUGCCACAAAAAUUGACAAAGGGCCAGCUGUUGCACAUUGGAAAGUUUGCCAACCUGCAUUUUCACUUCACUAACCCUUUCAACUCCCAUCCUGUGUUUUCCGUACGCUCCCUCAAACCUCCAUUGUUCCGACUCGGCCACUUUGCCACAAUGUUUCAUCCUAAAAACAGACUUUAGUUAACUGGCAUCUGAACCACCGCAAAAAAAAAAAAGUAAAAUUGUAGCUUGCAAAAUAAGAGCUUUUGCAACAACAACAAAAAAAAAUACAAAAUCUCAUUGAAUCAACAGUGAAACGGGUGAUUGAGAGAAUAUUCUUUUUCAUAUUGACCACGUGGUUGGCUAGAUUGUGUCAAAGCAUAAAACAUUUCUGCUGCAUUUUUGAAAAAUAAAAAUAUCAAUAUUUUACAAUUUA